GCGGCUUGUUCCGUGAUCCGUCUCGCGGGUCCCGCCGGUGUAGUCGCUUGCAGGGUUCUCGAGCCCCUUCACGGCCCGUCACCAUGGAGGUGUCACCCCUGCAGCCUGUGGAUGAAAAUAUGCAGAUCAGCAAGACCAAGAAAAAUGACGAUGCCAAGAAAAGAUUGUCCAUUGAAAGAAUCUAUCAAAAGAAAACGCAACUGGAGCAUAUUUUGCUCCGGCCAGACACGUACAUUGGCUCCGUGGAGCUCGUGACCCAGCAAAUGUGGGUUUACGAUGAAGACGUUGGCAUCAACUACAGGGAAGUCACUUUUGUUCCUGGCUUGUACAAAAUCUUUGAUGAGAUUCUAGUUAAUGCUGCAGACAACAAGCAAAGGGACCCAAAAAUGUCUUGCAUUAGAGUCACAAUUGACCCAGAAAACAAUUUAAUUAGUAUAUGGAAUAAUGGAAAAGGUAUUCCUGUUGUUGAACACAAAGUUGAGAAGAUGUAUGUCCCAGCUCUCAUCUUCGGACAGCUCCUAACUUCUAGCAACUAUGACGAUGAUGAGAAGAAAGUAACAGGUGGCCGAAAUGGCUAUGGAGCCAAGCUGUGUAAUAUUUUCAGUACCAAAUUUACUGUGGAAACAGCCAGUAGAGAGUACAAGAAAAUGUUCAAACAGACAUGGAUGAAUAACAUGGGGAAAGCUGGUGACAUGGAACUCAAGCCCUUUAGUGGAGAAGAUUAUACAUGUAUUACUUUUCAGCCUGAUUUGUCUAAGUUUAAAAUGCAAAGCCUAGACAAAGAUAUUGUUGCACUGAUGGUUAGAAGAGCAUACGAUAUUGCUGGAUCCACUAAAGAUGUCAAAGUCUUUCUCAAUGGAAAUAAGCUACCAAUAAAAGGAUUCCGUAGCUAUGUGGAAAUGUAUUUGAAGGAUAAGGUAGAUGAAACUGGCAAUCCAUUGAAAGUUAUUCACGAACAAGUAAAUCACCGGUGGGAAGUGUGCUUAACAAUGAGUGAAAAAGGCUUUCAGCAAAUUAGCUUCGUCAAUAGCAUUGCUACUUCCAAGGGUGGCAGACAUGUAGACUAUAUAGCUGAUCAGAUUGUGACUAAACUCAUUGAAGUUGUCAAGAAGAAAAACAAAGGUGGUAUUGCAGUAAAAACACAUCAGGUGAAAAAUCACAUGUGGAUUUUUGUGAAUUCUUUAAUUGAAAAUCCAACCUUUGACUCUCAGACAAAAGAAAACAUGACUUUACAAGUCAAGAAUUUUGGAUCAACAUGCCAACUAAGUGAAAAAUUCAUCAAAGCUGCAACUGGCUGUGGUAUUGUAGAAAGCAUAUUAAACUGGGUUAAGUUUAAGGCCCAGGUCCAGUUAAACAAGAAGUGUUCAGCUGUAAAACAUAACAGAAUCAAAGGAAUUCCUAAACUCGAUGAUGCCAAUGAUGCAGGGGGUCGAAACUCCACUGACUGUACACUGAUCCUGACUGAAGGAGACUCGGCCAAAACUUUGGCUGUUUCAGGGCUUGGUGUGGUUGGAAGAGACAAAUAUGGGGUUUUCCCACUUAGAGGAAAAAUACUCAAUGUUCGAGAAGCCUCUCAUAAGCAGAUCAUGGAAAAUGCUGAAAUUAACAAUAUCAUCAAGAUUGUGGGUCUUCAGUACAAGAAAAACUAUGAAGAUGAAGAUUCAUUAAAAUCUCUUCGUUAUGGAAAGAUAAUGAUCAUGACAGAUCAGGAUCAAGACGGUUCCCACAUUAAAGGCUUAUUGAUUAAUUUUAUCCAUCACAAUUGGCCCUCUCUUCUACGUCAUCGUUUUCUGGAAGAAUUUAUCACACCCAUUGUAAAGGUGUCUAAAAACAAGCAAGAAAUAUCAUUUUAUAGCCUCCCUGAAUUUGAAGAAUGGAAAAGUUCUAAUCCAAAUCAUAGAAAAUGGAAAGUCAAGUAUUACAAAGGUUUGGGCACCAGUACAUCAAAAGAAGCUAAAGAAUAUUUCUCAGAUAUGAAAAGACAUCGCAUCCAAUUCAAAUAUUCUGGACCUGAAGAUGAUGCUGCCAUCAGCCUGGCCUUUAGCAAAAAACAAACAGAUGAUCGGAAGGAAUGGUUAACUCAUUUCAUGGAAGAUAGAAGGCAGCGAAAGUUACUUGGUCUUCCUGAGGAUUACUUGUAUGGACAAACUACCACAUAUCUGACAUAUAAUGACUUCAUAAACAAGGAACUUAUUCUUUUUUCAAAUUCUGAUAAUGAGAGAUCUAUUCCAUCUAUGGUAGAUGGUUUGAAACCAGGGCAGAGAAAGGUUUUGUUUACUUGUUUGAAACGAAAUGACAAACGAGAGGUGAAAGUUGCCCAGCUUGCUGGGUCAGUGGCUGAGAUGUCCUCCUAUCACCAUGGUGAGAUGUCACUGAUGAUGACCAUUAUCAACUUGGCCCAAAAUUUUGUGGGGAGCAAUAAUUUAAACCUCUUGCAACCCAUUGGUCAGUUUGGUACUAGGCUACAUGGUGGCAAGGAUUCUGCUAGUCCUCGAUACAUCUUCACAAUGCUCAGCCCUUUGGCUAGGUUGUUAUUCCCACCAAACGAUGAUCAUACCUUAAGGUUCUUAUAUGAUGACAACCAACGUGUUGAGCCUGAAUGGUACAUUCCUAUUAUCCCCAUGGUGCUGAUAAAUGGUGCUGAAGGAAUUGGUACAGGGUGGUCCUGCAAAAUCCCUAAUUUUGAUGUUCGUGAAGUUGUAAAUAACAUCAGGCGUUUGAUGGAUGGAGAAGAACCUUUACCAAUGGUUCCAGGUUACAAGAACUUCAAGGGAACAAUCGAAGAGCUGGCUCCAAAUCAGUAUGUGAUUAGUGGUGAAGUGGCGAUUCUUAAUUCCACAACCAUUGAAAUCACAGAGCUUCCCAUCAGAACAUGGACCCAGACAUAUAAGGAACAAGUUCUUGAGCCCAUGUUGAAUGGUACUGAGAAGACUCCCCCGCUCAUCACAGACUAUCGAGAAUACCACACAGAUACCACCGUGAAGUUUGUUGUGAAGAUGACAGAAGAAAAACUGGCACAAGCAGAGAGAGCUGGACUUCACAAAGUCUUCAAACUCCAAUCUAGUCUCACAUGCAACUCUAUGGUGCUUUUUGACCAUGUAGGCUGCUUAAAGAAAUAUGAUACCGUAUUAGAUAUUCUAAGAGACUUCUAUGAACUCAGGCUUAAAUAUUAUGGACUGAGAAAAGAAUGGCUUCUGGGAAUGCUUGGUGCUGAAUCUGCUAAACUGAAUAAUCAGGCUCGCUUUAUCUUAGAGAAAAUCGAUGGCAAAAUAAUCAUUGAAAAUAAACCUAAGAAAGAAUUAAUUAAGGUUUUGAUCCAGAGGGGAUAUGACUCAGAUCCUGUGAAGGCUUGGAAAGAAGCCCAGCAAAAGGUUCCAGAUGAAGAAGAAAAUGAAGAGAGUGAUAAUGAAAAGGAAUCUGAUAAAAGUGACUCUGUGACAGAUUCUGGACCAACCUUCAAUUACCUUCUUGAUAUGCCUCUUUGGUAUCUAACUAAGGAGAAGAAGGAUGAACUAUGCAAACUAAGAAAGGAAAAAGAGGAAGAAUUAGAAAUAUUAAAGAGGAAGAGCCCAACAGAUUUAUGGAGAGAAGACUUAGCUGCUUUUGUUGAAGAACUGGAGGUUCUUGAAGCCAAGGAAAAAAAAGAUGAACAAGUAGGAUUGCCUGUGAAAGGUGGAAAAGCAAAGGGGAAAAAACCCCAAAUGACCGAAGUCUUACCUUCUCCAAGUGGAAAAAGAGUCAUCCCUGUAGUGACUGUAGAGAUGAAAGCAGAGGCAGAAAGGAAAAAUAAAAGGAAAGUUAAGAAUGAAAACACUGAAGGAAGCCCUCAGGAGAAUGGUGAAGUAGAAGGCCUCAAAAAAAGAUUAGAAAAGAGACUGAAAAAAGAAAAAGAACCAGGUGCCAAGACAAUGAAACAAACUACAUUAUCUUUUAAACCAGUCAAAAAAGGGAAGAAGAGAAACCCCUGGUCUGAUUCAGAAUCAGAUAUGAGCAGUGAUGAAAAUGAUUUUGAUGUCCCUCCACGAGAAAUAGAGCUACGGAAAGCACCAACAAAAAUUAAAACCAUGGUAGAUUUGGAUUCAGAUAACGAUUUCUCUGAUUUUGAUGAAAAGAAUCAAGAUGAAGAUGAUGGAGAUUUUGUUCCAUCAGAUGAUAGUCUACCUACAACCAAAACUUCCCAAAAACAAACUAACAAAGAACAGAAACCACCAAAAAGUGCCAUGUCAGUAAUGGACCUUGAUGCUGAUGAUGUCAAGAAUGAUGUACCAGUUUCCCCAAGCCCCCUUGCUGCCGAUUUGACAGCUAAAACGGAAACUACAGAGCCUAUUUCUAAAAAGAAGGUGACAGUGAAGAAGACAGCAGCAAAAAGUCAAUCUUCCACCACCACUGCAGGCACCAAAAAAAGGGGUGCACCAAAAAUAACCAAAAAGGAUUCAGGUUUGAAUUCUGAAACCUCUAAAAAGCCUGAUCCCACUAAAACAAAGAUUCGUCGCAAAAGGAAACCUUCUUCUUCUGAUGAUUCUGACUCUAAUUUUGAGGAGAAAGUUUCUAAGGCAGCUGCAAAUAAGAAAUCCAAGGGGGAGACCAAUGACUUCCAUCAGGACUUAGACUCUGCUCUUGCCCCGCGGGCAAAAUCUGGACGGGCAAAGAAGCCUAUAAAGUACCUUGAAGAGUCAGAUGAUGAUGAUCUGUUUUAAAAUGUAAGAUGACUAUUUUGAGUAACGGUCUUAUUAAGCCCAAGGCUGUUUUUAAAGUUGCCUGAAGCUCUUAAUUUCCUCCCCUGAGAAUGUAAUUUGAAAAGAUAAUCCAGAACUCUCAAGGUUGUAAAGGUAAUCCAGAACCCUCAAGCAUAUAAAGCCCAAAGAUCCCUUUCUCUUUUUACAAUAUUAUCUAACAUAUGACUGUCUUUUGGGCAAUACUGUUCUUACUUUAAAGUGUCUGUGUUUUGAGUUUGUUGUCUUUGAACUGAUUUUAUGUUUUACUGCACUCUUGAGAGUUGUGGUCACUUUAGCAUAAUGUCAUUUGUUUAUUGACCCUUCACUCUAAAAUGGGAGCACUUUGAUAUUCAAGUGUCUACUCCAUCUCUUUUUGUUCCAGCAAAUAUUAUAGAGCAUGAUCAAUUUUCUUUUCUUAGAUUUUAUAGGUAAUUUUCCAUCAGAUACACUUUAUAGUUUUAAUACAAAUACUCUCCCCCGUUAGCCUUUUAUGUGCUGAAUUUUUGUUCAAGCAAUGAGAAAUUACUCAAAUUCUUCCUCUCCUAUUUGGCAUCAUCCUUUUGAUGAUUAUUACAGACUCAAGAAAAUACCAUUGCUGGGGCCAGAGUGAUAGUCCAGUGGUAGGUGCUUACCCUGCUAACUAUCCUCAGCACUAUAUAUAGUCCCUAAGCCCCCCCAGGAGUAAUCCCCUGAUCACAGGGCCAGGAAUAAGCCCUGAGCACCGCCAGGUGUGUUCCCCCCUCCCCCCCAAAAAAGCCACCAUUGCUGUUUGUCUGUAACCACAACAUAAUCAGUAGCAUGAAGAAAACUUAAUGUGCCAUUCCAAGCUCUUGCUGUGUCCCCUCUGGCUGCCUCUGAGUCUUAGACAUCCCAAAGAGCUGGUUUCGUGGGAGCAGAAGAGUACUGAUUUCUAGAUUGAAGAAUAGGAAACAUUUGCUCAGAGAUCUUAUUAUUUUGCCAUAUUCAGCAGGGAGCUAUUGUAUCCAUUUUGGGAAAUUUCCAUUAUUUUCAACACUCGUAUCCUUUUGUAAACCUUUCUGUCUUGUUAUGUGUGUGUACUUUAA